UAUUUUCAUUAGUGAAAUAAAAAGGAAUUUGUGGCUAAACAAUCAGAUCGACGAACGACGAUCAAAACAAUGCAACAAACCAACGACUUAUUGAGUUAUUAUUUGAGCACGAACAUUAAUAACAUUUGUCGAAUCUGCUUGGAAAAAAGUGGCAAAUUAACGGCCAUUUUCGAUCCAGUGAAAGCGCCCCAUUUUUCUAUUCUAAUUAUGGCCUGUGCCACCGUAGAGGUACAAAAAGGUGACGGUUUGCCCCCGUGCAUUUGUCAAAGGUGCAUUUCUCGAUUGAAUAUAGCCUUUCAGUUUAAAACGCAAUGUGAAUCCUCUGAUCAAAAAUUGAGACGUUGUUGCAUAUCAAAUAAUCUUAACAUUAGACAACCGACACCACCUCCAGCUUGCAUUCCUCCUCCUCCUCCUCCACCAUAUUCAGACUUUCAGGGAAAAAAUGAUGAAAAUAGAGAAACUGAAUCAAAAAUUGUUGAUUCAGAACAUAGUAUUUUUGGAUCCUCUCUGAACUAUAAUAAUUCAGAUGAAAAUAUGGUUGAAAUUCAAUUAGAGCCUGCCCUUAAUGAUAAUGGUGUAAUAAAAAAUGUAACAGAGUAUGUUUUACCAGAAACUUUAAUCCAAGGAAGUCAGAGCACUAUUAAAUUAGAGGAUUUAAAUAGAGAACCAAUUCCUGUUCUAACACCAGGUAAAAAACGCAAAAAAUCAUCCCAAACAUAUAAAUGUGAAACAUGUGGAAAAGUUUUUAAAAACAAACCAAGUUUCGAGCAUCACACCAGGAUACAUACUGGAGAGAGACCUUAUAUUUGUCAUUUAUGUCCAAAAAAAUUUGUAAAUGGUGGCCAUUUACAUACCCACAUGAAAACCCAUACAGGAGAAAAAAACCAUGUUUGUAUCGCAUGUAAUAAGGCCUUUGCUACAGCUCAACAAUUAACAAAACAUACCAUUGCCAUACACACAUCUGAAAGACCUUAUGCAUGCACUUAUUGUCCAAAAAGGUUUGCUAGUUCAAGUAAUUUAAACACCCACAUAAGAACCCACACGGGACAAAAAGAUUUCCAUUGCGAGUAUUGCGGCAAGAGAUUUUCGACAAAAGGACAAUUGCAACAACACAUGCUGGUGCAUACUGGGGAAAAACCGUUUUUAUGUGAAUUUUGUAACAAGAGAUUCUCACAAAAAGCCCAUCUGAUCAGGCAUAUACGGACACAUAACAGAACUGAAUAAAUAAAUAAAUAAAUGUACAAUAAUGAUUAAAAUUGUUUAAUGUUAAGAUUGA